AUGACUCAGUUUGAGGAAGAAGUACACUUCAACGCUUCCCAGUUCGUAGCCGCGUUUGGCCCAAAGUCGCUGAGCGGUAUUUGUUUGUCCAGUUCAGGCUCCACGUCCAUGAAGAUGUUGCGCUCCGUUGCGCGCAUCGCAACGCUCAUGACGAUAGUCUCCGGAGCGAGGCCAGCUCGCUCAGGAAGGCAUGAGAAUGAUCUGUCCGAUCUUGUGCUUGGCAACGAGACACAGAAAGAUUGUCGCACCGAGCCACUCAGCACCUUGCUUCCUGCAUUCUACAGGUUUUACAGAGACCAGGACAAGGUUCCAGGCCACUGCAGGAGGACAUGUAUCGACAAGAGAGAUUUGAAAACCACUAUGGCCAGCAGCACCUUCACCAGCCUUGUUCAUGGUGCAGUACUGUCGGAUCCUGGCACGGCCCCACUGAAGGUGCUUAUUUUGGGAGGUAUCUAUGCCAGUGGUAUGAUCCCCAAUCAGGCCCAAGCAAGCUUUUGUAACCAGAUUGUCUCCUCCAUUGUCAUCUCCUGCCCACGCUAUCAGGGCAAAGGUGGUGAUUGCCCACUCGACACAUCGGACAAGAAUCCCUAUUGCAAAGCCGCCUUCGCGGCCGGCUUGAAGGGCCGGGAUGGAGGUGAGGCCGAGUUUGCUUGCGCAGUGGAAGGAUGGUGGAACGCCUGUUGCAACGUGCGAGAGGUUGCUCCCGACUUCAGAGACGACGAGUGCACCAAUUGUGGACAAGAUAUGUAUUUCUGUGCCGGGAUGGAAGGCUGA